AUGACCGUCCCAUCAAAGACAGAUCACGUGGAUGUUCUCAUCGUCGGAGCCGGCCCGGCCGGAUUGAUGAUGGCCGCGUGGAUGGCCACGUGCGGAAUCAAAACUCGAAUCGUCGAUAAGAGAGGCACAAAGAUCUUCAACGGCCAAGCUGAUGGUCUCCAAUGCCGUACGCUUGAGAUCCUUGACUCUUUUGGCAUCGCGGAACGAGCAUGGAAGGAAGCCAACCAUAUGCUCGAGAUCUGCUUCUGGAACCCAGACGAGACGGGCGCUAUUCGGCGAAGCGGUCGCAUCCCUGACACCAUUCCUGGGGUCAGUCGCUUCCAGCAAGUCGUCCUUCACCAAGGCCGUAUUGAGCGGUUCUUCUUGGAUUAUAUCGAAUCUAAGAGCCCCAUCCGAGUCGAGCGCGGUGUGCUACCCACCAAGCUCGAGUUUGACGAGUCCUUGGCCGAGGACUCUGAUGCCUAUCCCAUUACCGUGAACCUGCGACAUCUCAGUGAGGAGGAGGCGACUCCGAAGCAAGCCUCGACCGCCGCCAACGGUUCGUGCGUUCAGGAUGGUCUUUUCCGCAGCAACCUGGCUGCAGACGACACGGCCGAGCUUCUCAGGACUUCAGAGCUGAAUGCAAAGGCCAACACCGAGGAAGUAGUCAAGGCAAAAUAUGUGCUAGGUGCUGAUGGCGCCCACUCUUGGGUCAGGAAGGAGCUUGGAUUCUCCCUCGUUGGCGACAGCACAGACUACAUCUGGGGUGUCCUCGAUAUUGUUCCAAUCACCGACUUCCCCGACAUUCGCAGCAGAUGCGCCAUCCACUCCGCCAACUCCGGCAGUGUCAUGGUGAUUCCCCGCGAAAACAAACUAGUCCGACUCUACAUUCAAAUGACGACCACGGAGAAGAUUGGCGAUGGCGGCUCGAGGGCCGACCGCUCUAAGAUCACCCCUGAAACGAUUCUAGCAUCCGCUCAGAAGAUUCUUGCUCCAUAUAAGCUAUCUUACCGAAAGCUGGACUGGUGGACGGCUUAUCAAAUUGGCCAAAGAGUCGGCACCAACUUCUCGGCUAAGGAGCGUAUCUUCCUGGCGGGUGAUGCUGUUCACACUCACAGCCCCAAAGCUGGUCAGGGAAUGAACAUCAGUAUGCAGGACGCCUACAACCUUGGAUGGAAGGUUUCCAGUGUCAUUAAGGGUCUCUCCAACCGCUCGAUCCUCAAGUCUUAUGAGCGGGAAAGGAGCGGUAUCGCACAUGCACUCAUUCAAUUUGACCACAAGUUCUCACGGCUUUUCUCUGGAAGGCCUGCGAAGGAUGUUAUGGAUGAGGAGGGCAUCAGCCUCGAGGAGUUCAAGGACGCCUUUGAAAAGGGCAACCUAUUCGCCAGCGGUACUGCUGUCGACUACGAGGCGAGCAAAAUCGUUGCCAAGUCUCCUGAGGCUACCAACGGCGCCAACGGUGUUAGUGCCCCUGCCAGCCUUGAGGGAUCUAAGACCACACCCGCCGUCACUAGCACUCAAUCCCUAGCCUCGAACGUCAAGGUCGGUAUGAGGAUACCAAGCACAAAGAUCCUGAACCAGUCCGAUGCUCGCCCCUGGCAUCUCCAAGAGCGCCUGCCUAGCAACGGCACCUGGAGGAUCCUCCUGUUUGUUGGCGACGUCAGCAUUUCGGAGCAAAAGCAAAAGAUGGAGACGUUGUGCAAGUCUCUGUCGGGAUCCAAUUCCUUCCUCAAGCGCUUCACACCAUCGGGCGCCAGGUACGAUUCCGUGUUCGAGGUCCUUACUGUACAUGCUGCCAAGCGAACCGACGUAUCGGUCCUUGAUUUCCCUGAAGUACUACGGCCUUAUGACGAACUUGACGGCUGGGACUACAACACGAUUUUCGUUGAUGGCGAGUCGUAUCACGAGGGUCACGGCCAGAUUUAUGAGACAUUUGGCAUCGAUCCUAAGGUGGGAUGCGCCAUUGUUCUGCGCCCUGACCAAUACGUGUCUUAUGUUGGUCCUCUGGAGGAUUACGAGACGGUCGACAAGUUCUUCUCAGACUUUAUGAUUCCUCAAAAUUAA